AUGCAGCCUUUCUCCCCUUUGCCUCCUGAACACCUGCAUUGCACACGGAAUCCACCAGAGGGCUCCCUCUGCCAAGCCAAGGGAACACAGUGCACUUCACCAUUGGGUGGCUAGAAGACCACAGCUGGCUUUCCAGAGGAGGAGGAGGAGGAGGAGAAGGGAAUGACAUCACAAAGCUUUGCCACUCUAGGAUGCUGCACUCUCUCUCCCCGUCACCCUUUGAGCUUCGCUGCAGAUGCACAACCUGGAAGCCAUUUGUUCUCUUCAUGUAGAGAUAAAAUUAUCUAUUGGCUGAAGAGGGCUGAAUGUCCAACUAGCAACAUAGCUGCAGCAGCAGAAACAGUGCUUUGAAUGAAAAGUUGUUUGGAGAGCCAGCCACAAGAUCCCUUGGACCCAUUUGGCAUUGCCUUACAGGAGAGAGAGAAAGAGAGAAUGGAGAUGCAACCUUCAGUGAGUGAGGGAACUGGAAGAGGUUGUUCUGUUGUUCAGCCUGGGGACUGCAAGGAGGUCUGGCCAAGAACUGGGCAGAAGGUCCUGGAGAAGGAAACUAUUGUCCCUUCAGAAGUUCAAUCCUGGAACUUCAGGAGCGUCCAAUACCAGGCUUCUGAGGAUCCCCGAGGACUUUGCAGCCAACUCCAUGACUUUUGUAGUCGAUGGUUCAAAGCAGAUAAGCAUACCAAAGCCCAGAUGCUGGACCUGGUUGUUUUGGAGCAGUUCCUGGCUCUUCUGCCCCUGAAGAUGGAGAACUGGGUGCGAGAGUGUGGAGUAGAGACUAGCUCCCAGGCAGUGGCCUUGGUGGAAGGCCUUUUCCUGAGCCAGGCAGAGGAGCAGAAGGAGCAGUCUUUCACAAUGGGCAUCAGAUAUCCUGAGGGAAGCAGGAAUCCAUCAAAAUCCGCUCAGGAGCUGUUCUUGAGGGGCAUUUCUCUGGAAGAUCCAAGUCAAGAUAUUUUGGGAGGGAAGACUCAAGUGGAGUUGUCUGCUCUUUAUGGUGCAGCUGAAACAGUGGUUGAACCUCCAACUCAAGAGGGUCUUGUGUCCUUCAAGGAGGUGGCGGUGUAUUUCUCUGAGGAGGAGUGGUCUGAGCUGGAUCCGGACCAAAAAGCCCUCCAUUGGGAAGUCAUGAUGGAAAAUUAUAGGAAUGUAGCCUCACUAGAGGAUGAAUGGGAGAUGCUCAGUUCCGGGCAUGAAGCAGCAGCACCAUUGCCAAAAGAUAAGGUGAAAACUGCAGAGACGUUUUUUGGAAAGCAAAAUUCUGAGGAAAAACGGUUAAAGGGGGAGCUGGGAAUGCGCCCUACUUUACCACAUGUAGAUAUCAGUGACUUCUUGGGUAAAGAGGAUCACCCAGAAAAAGAAGGUUGGCCAGAGUGUGGAAAAAUACUCACAGAUGAAUCCGGAUUAUGCGACUGCUGCAGAAGCCACACUGCAGGGAAACAAAACGAACAUGGAAAACGUCCCAGAAGGACCUUCUCAGUUACUCUGCAUCAGAGAAUACAAGGAGAGAAACCGUAUAAAUGCCUAGAGUGUGGGAAAAGCUUCAGGGACUCAAGUUACCUUACUUCCCAUAAAAGAAUCCACACAGGAGAAAAACCCUACGAAUGCAAGGAAUGCAGAAAGAGCUUCCGUUUUGCACAAAGCCUCACAUCCCAUAAUAAGAUUCACACAGGCGAGAAACCCUAUGAAUGUCCCAAGUGCGGAAAGACCUUCAGUCAAAAAUAUCAGUAUACCGUACAUAACCGAAACCACACCGGAGAGAAACCGUAUAAAUGCACAGAUUGUGGGAAACGCUUCACUAAUUCAAGUUGCCUCACUUCCCAUAAAAGGAUCCACACCGGGGAAAAACCAUAUAAGUGCCCGGAAUGUGGAAAGAGUUUCAGAGCUUCAAGUUCUCUUGCUGCCCACAAAAUGAUCCACACUGGCGAGAAGCCUUAUGAAUGCAAGAACUGCGCAAAGAGUUUCAGACAAAAAUGUCAAUAUAUUGUACAUAACAGAAUCCACACCGGGGAGAAACCCUAUAAAUGCAUGGAGUGUGGAAAGAGCUUCCGUUCAGCAAAACACCUCCCUUCCCAUAAAAGGAUCCACACCGGGGAGAAACCGUUUGCGUGCAAGGAAUGUGGAAAGACCUUUAGUGAAAAACAUCAUUUUACUGAACAUAACCGAAUCCACACUGGGGAGAAACCCUAUAAAUGUGCUGAGUGUGGAAGAUGUUUCACUGUGUCAAGUUCCCUCACUUCCCAUCAAAGGAUCCAUACUGGGAAAAAGUCAUACAUCUGCCCAGUGUGUGGAAAGGGUUUUACCCAACACCAGUCCCUUUAUGAGCAUAGAAAAAUUCACUCAAGGGAAACACAUAAAAAGAAACAGAGUAGAACAGUAUAAACAAAUUGUCAAAAAUUUUGGACUCUGCGGUCCUUGAGCUAUAUUUAUUACUGUGGGGAAAUGAAAUGUUAGGGAAUGAAUGGAAGAGAAGAUGGAAUCGUGAUUCUGAGGAAAACGGAGAAUAAAUAUGACUGAAUUAUUGAGCAAUGUUGAGCAUUUGUUAUAUAGAGCCCUGAAUCUAAUCUUUCUUAAAAUAUACACCUUGGAACUCUUCUCAGAUUACUGACCACUAGAAGCACCUAACAUAGUGAUAUAACAUUGUCUCUGACCUUUGAUUUUGCUCUUUUUGUAGCUCUAUUUACAUCUAUUUAGCUGUAUUUACACCCUAGAUCAAGUGUCUUCUAA